ACAAGCCGAGGGACGGCUGCCGCAGCCCGGCGGAAGAUGAACGUCUGUAGGUUACGCUUGACGGUGCCACCUGAUGAAGUCUCACAGCCUGAGCAGGGAGUGAAGGAAAGUGAAAGAAAGAAAAGCGAGCUCUACCAUGUACCAAAUGGGAUGUCUCCAGGGAAGCUCUCUCAUGGGAUGGUCUAUGGUGUUGUGCACCGAACUGACAACAACCAUAAGAGAGAAAUGGUGGUUUAUGGCUGGUCAGCUGACCAGCUGAAAGAAGAGAUGAAUUACAUUAAAGAAGUGAGAGCAACUCUGGAAAAAGUAAGAAAAAAAAUGUAUGGUGAAUAUGAUGAAAUGAAACGAAAAAUACAGCAGCUUACAAAUGAACUGAAAGUGACAAAUGCUCAUCAGGAAUCCUUAGAGACUCAUGUGCGAGUGCAGGCGGCAGCCUUAGAUAGCUUUAGCGAAAUGAACAGCUCCUUGACAUCAGCAUCAAUAGACUUGCAGAAAACUCUAGUGGAUGUUACAUUGGAGAACACUGACAUAAGGGAACAAAUAAGGAAUUUAAAACAUACACACGAGCAAUCUAUGGAAAAGCUGAGAGAGAAGCAAAAGCAACUGGAAACAGCACAAAUUGAAAAUCAGUUACUGAAGUUAAAGGUGGAAUCAUCACAGGAAGCCAAUGCUGAAGUCAUGAGAGAGAUGACAAGAAAACUGUACAGUCAGUAUGAGGAAAAGAUGCGAGAAGAGGAACAGAAACAUAAAGCUGAGAAAGAAAUCCUCCUGGAGGAAACAAAUCGGCUUCUGAAGGCUAUUGAAGAGGCCAAUAAGAAGAUGCAAAUUACAGAAACCAGCAUCCAGGAAAAAGACCAGAGAAUUGGGGAGCUGGACAGGCUGAUUGAACGCAUGGAAGUGGAGCGUCAGCAGCUGCAAAGACAGCUUGAAUUGAAUGAAAUACAAAUACAUGGAGCGAAAUCCGAAAACAACUCCGACAGUGAAAGGUCCCAGCACUUGGAGGAGGUCGCAGCCAGCCUGAGAGAGCGAAUCAAACAUCUGGAUGACAUGGUGCACUGCCAACAGAAGAAAGUCAAGCAUAUGGUCGAGGAGAUUGAAGUGCUAAGGAAGAAAGUAAAAGAAAAGGAAUUAUUUAUAGUACAGCUUUUAGAAAAAAUCUCUUUCUUAGAAUGUGAGAAUAAAGAAUUACAAGAUAAACUGGACUACUUAAUGGAAAACCAACCAAAGACCAAUAUAGAAACCAGAGAUACUGGUGUAGAAUGUGACCUUCCAUACAGGAGGUUCAUUUCUAGGCUUCCAGAUAAGGGUAAGAAGAUCUCUGAUUUUGCUGAAAAGCUGAAGCUUGCCAUUUUGCAAGAGGAGGAACUAGCCAGGACUGCUGAGCUGCUAUCUGCUGUCAGGUUGGAGUUUCAGGCAAAACAGGAGGAAAUUAAUACAAGCAAACAGGAAAACAAAGAUGCACUGAACUGUGAAGAUUCAUCAGACUUUAAUGAAAACUCUAAUAUUAAAGAAAUUUCUGAGAUUCCUUCCAAAAGGCAGGAGGCAGAAUGUAUUGAGGAAGAUGCCACAAGCACAGCUUUGGAAAAUCAAAGGACUCAGAGGAAAAAUGAUGAAGUAAAGACUGUUAGAAAAGAUCAGAGUCAUUCUGUUGAAGUUGUCUCCACGUCAGCCACGAGCAGUCAUCUGAAAAAUGAUCAACACAUCUCUCAGAGCAGUACUGAGAAUGGUACAGAAAGUGCAGCUACUUUGAAUGACAGCAAAGACACUCUGGUUGAUGCCUUUCAAAAAAUCACAAUUGUAGAUGGAGAUAACAGUGAAAAAAUAUUGGAAAAAGGGCAGAAUGUGGCAAAACAUAAGGGCAAUGUGUUUGGAAGCCUGUAUCCCAAGACACCACAUUACAUUGAAGUUCUGGAGGCUCGAGCCAAGAACCCAGUCAUAAAGAAAAGCAAAUUUAAAACAAAUGCAUUAUCAGGAGAGCACAGUGGGUCAUCUCUUGGUUCCUCAUCCAGUCGAUCCCCUGGGGGACUUGGCUCUCCAAUUUCUGCUGAAGAAAGACGACUCAGAGAUAAGAAACAUUUGGAUGAUAUCACAGCAGCUCGACUGCCACCACUUCACCACUCCCCUGCUAAGCUCUUACCCAUAGAGGAAUCCAUAGCAAUUCAGAUACAGCAAAAAGAAGCUUAUGAGGAAAUGCAAGCCAAGCUGGCAGCACAGAAGCUUGCAGAGAGACUGAAUAUAAAAAUGCUCAGGUUUGAACCAGAGGGAGAGGCCUCAAUGCAGUACAGAGAAGUGAGGGAUGAAGAUUAUUUUUCGGCAGAGGACUGAAUUCAAGAAGGGAUGUCUGAGGAUACGCCAUGUAACUGAUCUUUGUGCAGUACUUCUUAAAACCCAAACCUGAAUAUUGAGAAUGCUUGAUCUAAUCAUUUUUUUCUUAAAAUUUUCACAUUACAGCUACAGGAAGGGUUCAGUGUAAACCUCAUAAAUAUACAUGUGACUAAGUGGUAACCUGAGUGCUAUUUGGGAACUGUUUUUGCAGCACUUGGGGCAUAAAGUAAGCUAAGGUUACUUGUCCAUAAAGUAAGCUAAGGUGCCUGUGAACUGCUCACACAUAUGAAAGCUCUUGUCUUGUACAAAUGGGAGAUACUUCUUUUAAUAUUCUCUUGCUUUUACCUUGUAGUAAAAAUACAUACCCAGACAGCUACAAUAAAUCCACGAUCCUUAGGCUGUAAGUCAGCUUCUUAUCACACAAGAACUUGUUUCUCUGCCUGCACCUUAAAAUAACACUUUCUGCCCUUAUGUUGUAAAUAGCUAAGAAUUCCAAGUUAUUUUGUAACUCAAAUUCUGUUUGGGCUUUAAGGGACUCUGCUGUUUUAUUUUUGUUUAUCAUGACAAAGCACAUCAAGAGAUCAAGUUAAUCUGAAGACUUUAAUAUUUUUAUUAAAGAUGUUGAAGUUUUUCCUUAUUUUUGUACACUGCUUUCAUACUUUGAAAUACUAUUUUUCCAUAAUGUAAAUGAAGAGAUCCACCCUCUGGUUUUCUGGGAGAAAGUGUUCUGUCUAUUUUAAGUUGUAGCUGUUCUUUGAAGAUAAAUACCAAUCUUCCUUACAAUUACAUUUUCUGCAUUUUAAUACGAAUUUUUGAAAGAUCAGGAACACUCCUGAGAAGUAUCUUACAAUGAUGUUCCACGUUGACUAGGAUAUUCCAAGCCUAGUUUGGGUUCGGUUCUAAAAAGCAAACCUCAGAGAUUCCUUGUGUAGUUUGUCAACACCUGUUUUCCAAGAUGUUGCAGCAACUCAUGUGCAGGGCUGUCCCUGGAUGUGUACAUAUUGCUGCAGGAAUGGUGUCUCUGGAAAUCAAAGGUGUUCCAGCUGCAGGUCAUUCAAAAAGCUGCAUGAUAUUAUCUAGAACUGGGGGAGGAGGGUCUCUGCCACUUCUUGAGUGCAUACAGCACUUCAGUAACAGGCAGUAACUCUCUCCCAAAUGCUCCACGAGCUCUCCCAGGCAGUCCCUGUGGCACAGUCCACACCCUGGCACUGCAGUUUGACAGGUGGAACUGCUGCUGUGCUAAUAAGUGGUAUUUUUUGACUAGGUCUUCUGUGGUUCUUUCCUGUACCCUUUCCUCUCACAGCCUUUGUGUUGUCAUUGUUCGUUGGCUUCUCAUCAGCUGCUCUUCCCUUUUUCUUAUUAGAUUUAACCUCCUGUCACUAAGCCAAAUUCAUACUCUGCAUCCCUGCACCACCCAUUCCCUUUCAUAUGACAUUGUUGCCUGUGUCUGCAUUUAACUCCUGCCCUGUGUCAUGGAUCCUCCUGCCACUGCUAUCUUACCUUGCUUUCUGGAACUCCAUCUAAAUACCAGCUGUGCACCUGGGCACUUCCCACUCAUCUCAGUCCCUUGAAUAUCCCACAGAGGCCUGAAUGUCUUUGACUUUUUGCCACAGCUGCCUUCCUACUGGGGCUUUCCUUUCUUAUUUCCCAUUUUGGUUUCAGACUCUGCAUGUGUUUGACCCUUCCAGGCCUUCUGUCCUUUUUACCACCUUUUCCUGGUUUGGUUUUUUUUUUCCCUUCUCUCUUUUCUGUGCUCCUUCUUCUCACCAUCACUUGCUUUUGUCAGCACAAUUCUUGGCAUGUUGUCAGUCAUUCACAACCAUCCUUCAGCAUCCAUGCUGAUGACCCAGCUGAUCCUCAGUUGUAUCUAUUUCUGUUCAGCCAGAACACAGGCCAGAGGAGUGCUCCUGUCUUGUGGAUGCUGCUCGUCUCUCAGGUCACCUGCUUGUCCAGCUGCAUCUUGUCAUCAUCCCUCUCCCCACUGCAGUCUGUGCUGCUUAAGGACAAGCCUCAGGAGUGUAUUGGCUUUCCCUUUGCUGUUGCAUGAAGCACAGGUUGCCACUUCCAGGCCAUUUGCAUCUCUUCCCCUUCCCAGGAUCAUCACCCUUGUCCCUGUACUGGCUGUGCUGUCACACCUUUUAAGGUGCUGUGUGUAUUUUCUCCAUGUUGGCUUUUCUGUGCUAAAGGAAUCCACACAAAGCUGCACAGUAGGGAUCUGUUUUCUGGAGUACUGAAAUCUAUCUCAGCCUAGGCUUCUGCUGACCAUCCCUUUCCCUAACAAAAACUGAGCUUUCCUUGCACUGUUAGCACUUAUUUUUGCUCUCUAAAUUUUGUGAAGCAGAGGCAGUUUUCUUGGUCUUUAUUUUGAUAAUAGUCAGCAUGUUGGGCCUUUGCCAAAGUGAUCCCUUGAAUGGGCAAACUUCACCUUUAAGGGGGGGGGUGUGUGGGUGUAAAUCACUGUGGUGACAGGUGAAGUGCAUUAUGUAUUUGUUAAACAAUUAGCAGCUGCUCAGCACAGAGUUGGGGAGUCUUUGUGGAAGAGUGGGCUGUGUGAAUACAGAGCCAAGCUUGAUGUGGAUUUUAAGUUAUUAAAAAUUUUUUACUACUGCAAAACCUGGAAGCUUUUCUGGGAAGCUGGUUCUGAGCACAGGUAUGCACUUUGAAUUAAGAUUCUGUGAAUGAUAAGAAUGCAGAGUCAGGUAUAGAGUCCCAUGUUAAGGAGGAUGUGCAAUCUGGAAGUUUGUAAAAGGUUAGCGAUUAAGAGGAUCAUGGAAUGAUUUGUUGGAUAAUAAAAGGACAAAGGAAUGGUUUGGUCAUGCUGAAGUAAGUUUCUGAUCAAGUAUGGUGUUGCUGUUGUGUAUUUUGCUGUUCUGCAGUUCCAGAACAUUUCAAUAUGUAUAUUGAGAGUUGAGAGGAUUGUUCCCUGUUUUGGGAGUGGACUGUUAUAUUGGAAUGGGCUGUCAACACAGUAAAAAUAAAGAAUUGAUAGUAUGUUUCUGAA